AUGAAAAUUCAGUGUGAUGUUUGUGAGAAAGCUCCAGCAACAAUGAUUUGUUGUGCAGAUGAAGCAGCUUUGUGUGCUAAAUGUGAUAUUGAAGUUCAUGCUGCUAACAAGCUUGCAAGCAAACACCAGAGGCUUCUUCUUCAAUCCCUCUCUAACAAGCUUCCUAGAUGUGACAUAUGCCAAGAUAAGGCAGCUUUCAUAUUCUGUGUAGAAGAUAGAGCACUCUUCUGUCAGAAUUGUGAUGAAGCUAUUCACCCCGUCGGCAGUCUUUCUGCCAACCAUCAGCGCUUCCUCGCGACCGGUAUCCGAGUGGCCGCCGCGAGUACUAACUGCGCCAAAGACGACGAAAAGCCUCACUUUGAACCACCAAGCAGGAAUCCUCAACAAGUUUCUGUUGAACCUCCUUCUCAACAAGUCCCUAACUUCUCACCCUCUUGGGGUGUUGAUGACUUACUGGAGUUAGCAGAUUAUGAUUCACAUAACAAAAAGGAAUCCAUGCAAUUUGGAGAAAUGGAAUGGUUCACUGAGGAGGGACUGUUUGGUGAAGAGUUUAAUCAAGAAGCUAUUUCUGCAGCUGAAGUUCCUCAGCUUCCAGUGACUCAUCAUGCUAGCAACCAUUAUUCGUCACACAGAAACUCAAAGUCUAACAAAAAGCCGAGAAUCGAACUCAUACGUGAUUAUGAUUAUGAUGAUGAAGAUGAGUACUUCACAGUGCCUGAUCUUGGAUGA